AUCACUUGUGUUAUUUAAUCAUGUAAUUAUAAAUAUCGAUUAUUAUCAUUAUUAUCAUCAUCAUCAUUUUAAACAGUGAUCAGAUGAUUUAAUUGUAUUAUUAUUAAGAUGUAUAAAGUUAUGAAAGCUGUUCACAUGUUUAUCAUUAGAAAAAUAAAAAUAACCAUCAUGCUACCUGUUCUAUUAUCGGUGAUCACAAGAGCUUUAGUUACAAGUGAUAAUUGUUUUGGUGGUGUGGAAACGUUUGAAAAAUUAUCUGCAACUAAUUUUGAAUCAAAUUCAGUGCCUAUGGCCGGUGUUCUAUUACAACAGGAUAAUGUUGCAUUAACUAGAGAUUGUAUUAAUCUUUGCCGACAACAGCAACGUUGUACGACAUUUUUUCUUGAUUAUACACAAUUUCGUUGUUUAGCAUAUGUGGAAAGCUCCCGUCGACAUCGUGAUCAUCUACGAACCUCAAAUGAUUCCAAUCUUUUUGAAAAAAUAUGUCUGAAAGGAAUUUCACGACAAGAAUUCGAUCAUGUUUGCGGUAAUGAACGUCUUUGGUCAUUUGAACGUGUAAAGGAUACAUUUUUGGAUGGUUUUGUUGAAAAAGAAUUGACCAAUAUGGUUGAUCGUGAAGAAUGUGCAAAAGCAUGUCUUAUUGAAGCGUCAUUUAUUUGUCGUAGUGCUGAAUUCGAUGAAGUAAAACGAAUUUGUCGUUUAUCCAAAGAAAAUCGUCGUACACAACCACAGGCAUUUGUUUAUGUUAGAGAUAGUCAACGUGAUUAUAUCGAAAAUCAAUGUGCUCCGGCAGGUCCUGCCUCUUGUGUAUACACAAGUAAACUGAAUACAAACGUUUUUUCAAUGGAUUCACUUCAAUUUGCUUCAAGUGCUGAAGAUUGUCAACUACAAUGCGAUCGUGAACAAUCAUUUAAUUGUCGUGCAUAUGGUUUUAUUAAUAAUCGAUGCAUGCUAAGCGGUGAUGAUGAAAAGACUAUUGGUAAACAUCCAUUAACAAUAAUGAAAGGAGCUACUUUUGGUGAACGAACCUGUGUUGCUGAACUAUGUACUAACGGUAUUUUUACCUAUGAAAAAAUUACUGGACAUAUACUUCGAUCGGCCAUCACUACACCUGUAGAAUUACCUGAAUAUAGUUCAUUGGGUGUGACUAGUUGGUGUCGAGGAAGUUGCGAUAUGGCACAAUUAAAUUGUCCUGCAUUUACUAUUAAUUACAAGAAUAAUAGAUGUGAACGAUUAGACCGUAAUACACAAGGUCGCAUCACUGAUCUCAUCGUUUCUGAGGGUGAAAGCUUUUUCGAAAAAAUUUGUCUACGAGUUCCACAAAUCAUGUCGCAAUGUCAGGAUAAAUUUUGGGCAUUUGAAAGAGUUUUAGGCUAUGAAUUAGCACCGGUAUUGUAUGUGAAAACAUUAAACUUUGUACAAAGUAGACGAGAUUGUCAAGAAUAUUGUCUACAAGAACGUGAAUUUCCUUGUAGAUCAGCAUUAUAUAAUGAUGAAACUACAGAGUGCAAGCUAUCACCUGAAGAUAGACGAACAAGUCCAGGACAUUAUUAUCGUUCAAGAAAUAUGAAAAUCAAUUAUCUUGAAAAUCAAUGCGUACGUAUUCAUUCAUCUUGUCCAUAUCAACGUACAACGAAUGCAUAUCCAACCUAUACUGAUAUCGUUGAAACAAACAGUAUAUACAGUAAUGAAGAAUGUGAAAAAUUAUGUAAUGAUAAUCGAUAUUUUUUAUGUCGAUCAUAUGCCUAUUAUUCGAGCAAUAGCCAAUGUUUUUUAUCUGGUGACGAUUCUGUUAGUGCUGGUUCUUCAUUCGUUCAACAUCGUUCAAACAUUGUUUACUAUGAAAGACAAUGUUCAAAGCUUUCAACAUUUAAUGCAAAUCAAUCAUCUAAUAAUGGUGAUGCUAUCCAUUUGAUCGAUGCAACCACUGAUGAAUAUCCUAUUCCAUUGACACCAUUAACUGAUCGAAUAGGUGAGACAUCUACAUUAGCUCCAGGAAUGUCGCCACCAUCAUCUUCACCUUCAUCAUUAACACCAGAUAUAGAUUCUGGUAACUUAAAUAAAGAAGUUGUCAUCAUCAAUGGAACUGUUGGUGGAAUUAUAACAACAAAAAUAACUCGAUUUCCAGAAUCGCUUCUGCCUACAAUAUCACCUUUAAUUACUUCUAGCCCCAGAUCUAUGGGAUAUCCGGGUAUGGAUUCUUUUUCCAAUAAUGAUCGCACACAAUCAUCGCAUGAUUCAUUACAACCGGAAAAUGUAGAUCAAAUGAAUUCCCGAUUUCCAAUUAAUUACUCAUCAAAUAAAAAAUGUGCACCAAAUGCUAGAUUUUUGUUUGAAAAAGUUACUAGUUUUGAGCCAAUUGGUGGUCAUCUAACAUUAUUGUAUACUGAUUUACAAAAUCCUGGAAUCGUAACUGAAUGUGCUCGACGUUGUGAACAUUCUUCAUUAUGUCGAGCUUUUGUCAUCGAUUAUUAUCAUCAAACCUGUCAUGGACUUUUUGAAAACAGUUCAGUCGGUUUACUUGAUCUACGAUUAUCAAUGGGAAAAGAUUAUUUUGAAGGAUUUUGUGUUCCAAAUUUUGUUCAUUGUGACAAAUUCUGGCCAUUCGAUCGUAUCAUAGAUCAAGCGGUAAUUGGCGCUCAUCCUGAAGAAGUUGUACGCUUUGUUUCUCGUCCUGAAUGUCGUACGCGAUGUUUGGAAGAAAAAAAAUUUCGAUGUUCCUCCGCCAGCUACAAUUCAUUCACGCAUGAAUGUCAUCUUUUUUCCGAAACCAGAGAUUCGGGUUCAUUAAAUUUGCAAUUCAGUAAAGGAAUUGAUUUCAUGGAAAAUCAAUGUGUUAUAGAUGUAAAAGCAUGUCGUUAUCAUUCUAUUGAACGUGAUAUAAGUAUUGUUUCAGUAACAAAAUCUGUUCGUGGAACAUCUACAUUUCACUGUGAACAAGCCUGUGACUACGAAAGAGAAUUUAAUUGCCGAUCAUAUACUUAUUUAGAUAAUCCGGAUGGUAGUCUUGCUCCAGGUGGAAAUCUUUGUCUACUUAGUGCCGAUAAUCGUGCAACCAGUCAUCAAGGAUCUAUUCAAUUCAGACCUCGAGCAUUAUACGCCGAAAAGGAUUGUUUAUAUCAAAAAAAUUUUCGUCCAAAUCAUGAACCAAACACUUUUAACCAGCAUCAUUCACAACAAACGUCAUUGAUUGGACCGACUAAUUAUGCUUCCGAACCAGAAGGAUUAAAUGCUCGACGAAUCGAUCCAACUACGCCUAAACCUGAAAUUGUUCAUAAUACUCACAUGAUUAAUCAAAGUAGAAUAACAAACUUUAAUGAUGAUUUACGUCCAACAUUUACUAACAUGUUACAACUUCAGCAUAUUCCACAUCGUUGUUCGCUCGAUGAAUACACAUUCGAAAAAACUUUUGGUUAUGAUCUAAGGUAUGCUCAAAGAGAAAGAGCUCCAAUCGUUUCACGGUCUGGUGUUGUCAACUAUUGCAAAGAUGAAUGUAUACGACGUGGCGAUCGAUGUAUGGCGUUCUUAAUUGAAUAUGGAACAGAUAAAAAUCAAAAUUGUUUUUUCCUUUCCGAAUCUGCUUCUGAGAACCGAAAUCAAUUGAACAAGCUUGUGGGCACAACAUAUAAUGAAAAAAUUUGCCUCAGAGGAAAGACAUGUGAUAGUAUAUGGACAUUUGAAAGAAUCAUUGGAUACACUAUGGAUGAAACGGCUGAUCGUGAAAUAAAUUCGAUAAUGUUUCGGACAGCUUGUCAAGAUUUGUGUUUGUUGCAGAAAAGUUUUUCUUGCCGUUCUUUGACUUAUGAUUAUGGACGAAGAAUUUGUCGAUUAUAUAGUAAUACACGUCGGUCAAAACCGCAAGCUUUUCGUAAGACAUCUGAUCAUGUUGAUUAUUUUGAAAACAAAUGCACAAAAGAAUUAUCAACUUGUCAGUAUAGAGAUUUCAAUGAUCGUCAUUCAAAUUAUGUGGACAAAUUAUCAAUUGCAGCUACAUUGAUCGACUGUCAACGUCAAUGUGAUUCUGAAUAUUCCUUUCAUUGCAAAUCGGUUAAUUAUAAUCCAAUUACACAAGAGUGUGCUCUAUCCAGUGAAGAUUCGUUGUCAAUGCUUAAUGUUGUUAAUGAUGAUCAUUAUAAAAAUAUUGAAAAUAUCAAAACGACAUCAGGUGUUGCUGUUUCAGAAAUCAUUUCAGCUGCAUCAACAAUAACCGAUUACCUUCCUGGAAGUAUUUAUACUGAAAAAGGAAAUUGUGAACAGGUCAGUGUCCAAUGUAACCAAGAAGACAUGAUGUUGACAUUGAAUUUCGAUAGUCCAUUUAUGGGUCGAGUGUAUACAAAAAAUAAGCCAUCACAAUGUUUUAUAAACGGUAAUGGACAACUACAACUACAGUUUGCAAUUCCAUUGGAUUCACGUUGUGGAACCUAUCAAGAGAGUACCAGUAGUUAUGUAAAUGAAGUGAUCGUUCAACAACAUUCAGUCAUUAUGACUGAUAAUGAUCGAACAAUUCGAGUGCUUUGUUCAUUCGAAGUAUCCGAUCAGACAAUUACUCUAGGAAAUACCGAACAGCAAAAAAAUAUUCCUAUACCAAACGGGAUUGAUGUUUCUACAAAUCCCAAUGGAAGAAGCUAUACGGACCGGAAAUCACCGGCUACUUUUGUGACAAAUACGGCUGCUCCACCAUCAAUACAAAUGCGUAUACUAGAUCCUAGUGGACGAGAUGCACAAGUCGUCAGUUUGGGAGAUGAUUUGAUAUUACGAAUCGAAUUAAGAGACCAAAAUCAUUCACCAUAUGCUAUUUUUGCUAGAAAUUUGUAUGCUCGUAGCUCGAAUGGUGAAUCGCUUUAUUUGAUUGACAAUAAUGGCUGUCCAAUCGAUUCGUCGAUUUUUCCGGCAUUACAAUUGGAUUCAAUUGAUCAUCGAUCGUUGUAUUCCAAAUUUAAAGCAUUUCGGUUUCCGUCCACCGGAGUGGUAAAUUUUGAAGUACAAAUACGUUUCUGUCAAGAGUAUUGCGAACCGGUCAAGUGUACUCAAUUGAAUGGCCAUGUCGACUCAUUUGGUAGACGGCGUCGACGUAGCGUGAAUAGUUUUCAAGAACUUUUUCUCCAUCAUCAACCAUCAAUGAAAUGGCAAACAAAUCGAAUCAAUAUGAAUGAUGGUGACAACAAAACAAAACAUUUGAAUCAGUCACAAGAGAAUUGGGCCAGAAUCAAUUUAUUAACCAAUCAUCAUGGACUAUUGAACAUGGAUCAAAUAAAUCAAUCAUCCUUGAAUCCUGGCAACAACUGGACAUCAAGCAAUGAAUUUUCACGUAGCCGUACAGGAUUCACAUAUCCAACAAACAAUUACCGUUACUAUCGUAAUCGUAACAAUUUUUCAAUUGGUCAUGGUGUUGAUGAUUCGAAAAAAACUGAUGACUUCAAUUCUAUCAAUGAGUAUGACAGUCAAAUUUUUUCUACACCAUCCAUACUUUUUUCGGGCAACGUUAACGUUAAUAAAUCGAAUGAAAAUAUUGACAAUGCUAAUGUAGAUUCGGCAACCACAGCAAUUGAAUCAUAUAUUCUAGGAUCAAACAACAACAACAACUAUACAAUAAAUGAAAUGCAUAAUGUAGUUUAUAAUGAAAGAAAUAAUUUAACAGAUAAUAUAAUGACACCGACUACAACAACGAUGAUGAUGGCAAACUUUAACCCUAUUGGUAUUAAUGCUGCACUUCCUUUACCAACAUCCAACCUAGCAACGGAAGUACCAUUAUCAUUAGCAAUUAUGGUUGAUGGAAAUUCUGAUGAUGGUAUAGAUAAUGAUUCCAUUGGUAAUGCUGCCGCUGUUACAUCUGUUCAUAGUAAUGAUAAUGAAAAUUAUGAUAGCAAUGAAUCAUAUCCAUCGUCUAAUAAUAAUGAAAAUAAUAAUGAAUUUAAUAAUGAUGAUGAUGAUACGAAUGAAGUUAUUCUCAAUCAUGACCAGACGGACGAGAUUCAAAUACAAAAUGAUGAGAAAGAAAACAUUUUCAAUGAUCAUCAUCGAUUACGGCAAUCGAACAAUUUAAAUUAUGUUAACAUGGCCGCAGCUGCUAUUCGUACAACCCGUGGUCAUCUUGAAACUCGUAAUAAUUUACUUGCAAAAAAACAUGAUAGAAAAGCAGCGACAACCAAAAUAGGAGAAAACCUUCAUUUAAUUUGUGCCGAUUAUUGCACAAAUACUGGAAUAAUAAUAUUCAUUACUACUUUGAUUGUAACUAUUAUUCAUUUAACUCUUGGUGCCAGUGUUUAUCUAUACAUAACAAAAUUGAAACAAACAAAAAAAUUUAUCCAUCAUCAUAAUCAUCGUGUUAAUCGAAAAAAUUUAAUGUUUAUCCGAAAUGUUAUUGGAACUAAUGCAAAUUAUCAAAUAUCCGAUCCAGUUGCUGGUUUUAAUCAUUAUUUAUCACCAAAUGAUUUGCUAGGCGAUAAUCGACAAACAGAUUGUUCUAGUUUGAAUGAAGAUACAUUAACACCAAAUGCAGUAUUGGCUGUCAAUGAUGAUCAUGAUGAUCAUAAUGAUUCAUCUGAUAGAUUUAAUAAUGAAUGUUCGAUCAAAACAAAACAACAAUCUGAACAAAAACCAUUAUCUUGGUUCGGUAUUGAUGAUCAACAACAACAACAAAAUUUUGGCAGUAUUCGAAGUACAUUCAAUCAUGGUAAUAUAUUUUUUUCGGGACCUCGUGAACAACGUUUUUUUGGUAUUAAUAAUUAUCAAUUUCCAAAUCAUCGAUCAUCAGAUUUGAAUUCAUCAUGUACGACAACAUCUACAUCAUCAUUGGCAUCGACAACGGCCAAAUGAUAUUAGAUAUAUCUGAUGGAUUUUUUUUCUAUUAUUAUUAUUAUUAUUAUUAAUAAAAUCCUUUAGUGUUAAUUAUUUUGUCAUCAUCCAUAAAAUUGUCAACUCUGCAAUAAUAAAUUAAAUAUAUUCAUCAUCAUUCAAUAUUAAAUGACAUCAAAUUUAUAAUAUACAUUUGCCAUACAAAUAAUAUUCGAUGAUAGAUGACUAAUAGCACAUACGCUUUCUUUUUAUUCUAUUUUUUUUUGUUUUUCA